AUUCCCCUAGCCGACGAGGACCACCGUGAACCGCCGUGAGCACCGCCAUUAUAACGAAACAAGAGAGAGAGAGAGAGAGAGAUACCACAAUGGAUUCUCCGCCCUCGAAGAGCUGGAGCAUCCACACUCGCAAAGAAAUCACGUCCAAAUACGAGAUCUUCGAGCGGGUCGGGUCGGGCGCGUACUCGGACGUCUAUCGAGGCCGUCGCCGAUCCGACUCACUCACCGUCGCCUUGAAGGAAAUCCACGAUUACCAGUCGGCGCUCCGCGAAAUCGAAGCCCUGCAGACCCUCCAGAACUGCCCAAACGUCGUCGUAAUGCACGAGUUCUUCUGGAGCGAGGACGACGACUCCGUCCUCGUCCUCGAGUUCCUCCCCACUGACUUGGGAGCUGUCAUCAAAGCAGCCAAGAAGAUUUGGGACAACGGCUUGACCGUCGGCGAGAUCAAGCGCUGGAUGGUUCAGAUUCUCUGCGCCGUCGAUGCCUGUCACCGGAAUUCUAUCGUGCAUAGGGACUUGAAGCCUUCAAAUUUGUUGAUUUCUGACGAUGGGAUUCUCAAAUUAGCCGAUUUCGGACAGGCUAGGAUGUUACUGGCGCCUGGGCUUGCUGCUGUUGAUGAUGGACAACCUUAUGGGAAAGCCUCCCGAAAUGUCCCAACCCCAAUGUAUACACCUGAGUUCAAUCCUGUAAUGGAGAAUGCUUAUAGAGAAGGCCAAUCACAUCAUUAUCAACGGAAUGUGGCCAAGGAGGACCGAAUUGCAGAUUCAGAUGAGUUCAGGUACAGAUUGGAUGAUAUUGAUAGUAUCCAGGAUGGAAACACGUCUUGCUUAGCUACAUGCACCAACAGUGAUUUUGAAGAUGACCCUUUAAAGAGCUCGUAUGUUGAAGAUGAAGAAGGCGAUUUAGCUCCCCUGACUUCAUGUGUUGGAACUCGGUGGUUCAGGGCACCUGAGCUGCUCUAUGGGUCUGUAAAUUAUGGACCGGAGAUAGAUUUAUGGUCAUUAGGGUGUAUUUUUGCUGAGCUUUUGAGCCUAGAACCACUGUUCCCGGGUACUUCGGACAUUGAUCAGCUGGGCAGAAUUUUCACCAUUUUGGGCAAUUUAUCUGAAGAAGUGUGGCCUGGUUGUGUGCAUCUUCCAGAUUACAAAACAAUUUCGUUCAACAAAGUGGAGAAACCGACGGGGCUGGAAGCAUGCCUACCAAACCGCUCUCCUGACGAAAUCCUUUUGGUGAAAAAGCUCCUUUGCUAUGAUCCGGCUGGUAGAGCAACAUCAAUGGAACUGCUGCACGACAAGUAUCUUAACGAAGACCCUCUGCCUGUCCUGGUAUCUGAGCUGAGAGUUCCUCCCAAGAAUAGCGAACUUGACGAGGAUUCCCCUGGUGAGUGGGGGGAUUUGAACUCGGAUUCUGAUAUGGACGAUUUUGGGCCGGUUCAGUUUUCAAGAACUGAAAAUGGUUUCUCAGUUCAGUUUUCCUGAGCCUGAAGGUCAAGCUUGUUUCAAUACUACACUUUAUUGUAAGUUACAUAGACCUACCUACCUGUGAAGAACUAAAAAAGCAUUGUGCCCUCCACUCCAAUUUGGUCUUUGGCUAUCUAUUUGAAACUGUUAUUCCAUUCGAAUACCUAAAUGUAUCUGUCAGAACGAACAUAUACCACCCCCAUUUUGGUCAUUAAUCUACAAAACAUUAGAAGCAAAAAAA